GUCAAUGUCAAUAAUUCGCUAAGUGUACAGACGUAGCAUAAAUAAGAUAGCAUUGUUUUAGAUGAUCCAUUUCGACAUAUAUGGCGGCUGAUAUACGAACGUGGGGCAAUAGGUCACACAUGUGACUCGUGGCUUUUUUUUUCGUAAUUUUCAAACGUAGUGGAGUGUCUGUGUCCGUAUUUAUUAGAGUAUAAUAACAAUCCACUCGUUUUCCUUCUAGUAUUGACACAAAUCUACGCUAUGGCGAAAACAGCUGAAAAAGUAUCCGUGGAACGAAAGACAUCUCAAUCACCCAGCACUAAAAAACCAAAGAAAAAGAGGGUGAAGAACUUUGGGAAGACAGGAGUUGUUUACCUCAAGCACAUUCCUCAUGGAUUUUAUGAAGAUGAAAUGAAGGGCUUCUUCUCACAGUUUGGGACAGUCCUUCGUGUAUGUGUUGCCAGGAGUCCGAAGACUGGUAACAGCAAGGGCUUUGGCUAUGUUCAAUUCCUGGAAGAAGAGGUGGCAAAGAUUGCUGCAGAAACCAUGAACAACUAUUUGAUGUUUGAGAAAAUCCUGAAAUGCACGGUGCUACCCCCGGAGCAGGUGACGGCGGCCACGUUCGCCAGCGCCACCCGCCGGCCGGGCCGCAAUUGUCCGGGCCAGAAGCGGACAGAGCGGGCCCUCGAGCUCCUCUCCGCUCGGAAAGGCCCCACCCAGAAGAAGAACGCUCAGAAGCGGCGCGAGGCGGCUCAUCGGCGCACUAUGGUGCGGCUGGCCCAGCUGGGGAUCAAAUACGACCUGAACGGUGGGCUUGUACAGGAGAUUGAGCCCGUGCCGGCGCCGACGACCGGCGGGGACACCACGGCAGACACCACGGCAGACUCGACCCAGCUGCCCGUGAUGGAGGUGGACGAGAGUGACGACGAGGUCACCUUCAAGACGCCGCCCAACGUCAUCAAACGGCGCCUGUCGCGGCCGGCGGCCAGCACCCCGCAGUCAGCCACCCCAGCGCGGAGCAAGCCCUCCACGCCAGUCGCCACCAAGCAGACUCCAAAGGCGACAACCACCCCCAAAUCGGCCGCCAAGAAGGUGGCUAAGAGCCCCAAAAGUGCCGCCGGAACGCCGAAGACGCCGAAGUCGAUGGCGAAGAAAACUCCUCCGAAGUCGGUCAAGCAGCUGUCGGCGAAAAAUAAAACUCCGAGCAAGAAGACACCGCCUAAGAGUGGACGGAAGCGCUAGGGAAGGGGUGGGACCGGGCGUGCAUAGCGGGGGAGGUAAUAAGGCGAUGUCUUUUUGCUCGGCUGGAAGGGGAAACUGCCUUAUAUCGGUCGAGUUCUAAAACGUGCUGACAGGCUGUUACACGUUUUGCUGACAAGCAAUGUGUUGGGUAAAACGGCAUGCAACUCAUCAAUCGCUGAGUCGUUGUGAACGCUAUAGACAGGCUGGUGCCUGUGCCGCCUGCCUGGUGCCUCACGACUGAGAAACAUUGACCAACUGUUCGCCGAGUCCCUUGGCCCAACUCGAUGAUGCGAUCCUCGCUGGCUCCAGUAAAUAAACACGGACGAAGAGAGCGAGACA